AUGUCCAGGCAAGAAGCAGGAACUAACGCCUCUACUGGGGUCGUUGCUUCCCGGCGAAGCUCGACAGUGUCGCGCGCUCCAGAGAAGUGGCCAGGGGCGGAACAGAAUCGCUCAGGUCUCGGGGCGCGUAGGGGCGGCAGAGGUGGCGACGAGACGGACUACUCUGAUUUCCUGGGGUCCAGAGCCGCUGGUCUGGAACCGCCCAUCUGUUUUGAGUUAAAGAACCACUUUGUAGGCGUGGUGAUAGGUCCUGGUGGGUCAACAAUAAAAGAUAUCCAAAGUACAACAAGCACCAAAAUACAGAUAAUAAAAGGACCUCAAGAAUCAUUAGUCAAAAUAUUUGGCAAUAAGGCAAUGCAAACUAAAGCAAAAGCAGUGAUAGAUAAUUUUGUUAAGAAACAAGAAGAAAAAUAUUAUUCACACAGAGUUGAUAUUGUUGCAUUCCAACCUUCUGUUGGAAGAGGUCGCGGCACGGAUAACAAUGUUGCUGCAGAAGACCGGCCUUUGAUAGACUGGGAUCAGAUUAGAGAGGAAGGUUUGAAAUGGGAAAAAAAAAAGUGGGCAGACUUACCUCCUAUUGAGAAAAACUUUUACAAAGAGUCAACAACAACAAGUUCAAUGACACAAGUGGAAGUAGACAGUUGGAGGAAAGAAAAUUUUAAUAUAGUAUGUGAUGAUUUGAAAGAAGGUGAAAAGCGUCCAAUCCCUAAUCCGACCUGUGCAUUUGCAGAUGCCUUUCAAUGUUAUCCUGAAAUUAUGGAAAACAUUAAAAAGGCAGGUUUUCAAAUGCCAACACCUAUUCAAUCACAAUCUUGGCCAAUAGUUUUACAAGGAAUAGACCUUAUAGGAGUAGCCCAAACAGGAACCGGCAAGACGCUGUCUUAUUUAAUGCCUGGAUUUAUUCAUCUAGAUGGUCAACCAAAAGUUGGAGGAAAAAGGAACAGACCUGGCAUGUUAGUGCUUACACCAACUCGUGAAUUAGCUAUUCAAGUGGAAGCUGAAUGUUCUAAAUAUUCAUAUAAAGGUCUUAGGAGCGUCUGUGUAUAUGGUGGUGGAGAUAGAGACCGGCAAAUAGAAGACCUUAGAAAAGGUGUAGAUGUCAUCAUUGCAACACCUGGAAGGCUAAAUGACCUGCAGAUGAAUAACUUUGUCAACUUGAAAAGUGUAACGUACUUGGUUUUAGAUGAAGCAGACAAGAUGCUGGACAUGGGAUUUGAACCUCAGAUAAUGAAGAUUUUGUUAGAUGUGCGCCCAGACAGGCAGACUAUUAUGACGAGUGCAACUUGGCCAUAUGCUGUUAGGCGACUUGCACAGUCCUAUUUGAAAGAACCAAUGAUUGUCUACGUUGGGACAUUGGAUCUCGUUGCUGUGAGCACAGUGACACAAAACGUGAUUGUGACAACAGAAGAAGAAAAACGAGCUCAUAUCCAAACUUUUCUGGAGCAUUUGUCACCCAACGACAAAGUAAUUGUCUUUGUUUGCCGAAAAGCCGUUGCGGAUCAUUUAUCAAGUGACUUGAUUCUCCGACAUAUAUCAGUGGAAUCUUUGCAUGGUAAUAGAGAACAGAGGGACCGGGAAAAAGCAUUAGAGGAUUUUAAAACAGGAAAAGUAAGAAUAUUAAUCGCCACUGACUUAGCAUCUCGAGGUCUGGAUGUUCAUGACAUUACCCAUGUCUAUAAUUAUGACUUCCCACGGAACAUCGAGGAAUACGUUCACCGAAUAGGGCGCACUGGAAGAGCAGGGAGAACUGGAGUUGCAAUUACCCUUGUAACUAGAAAUGAUUGGAGAGUUGCCACUGAAUUGAUUGAUAUUCUGGAAAGAGCAAAUCAGAGUAUCCCGGAGGAGCUUAAAGCAAUGUCAGAGAGAUAUAAAGCACAUCAGUUGAAAAAACAAACGGAAAGAAAAAUGGGAAGACCUCAAGGAAAGCCCAAGAAGUUUUAUUAA